AUGGAUAAAAGAGAUUGUAAUAAGACAGUUUGCGAGAUUGUGGGUCUGCUGAAAUCAUGGAUCCCCUGUCGGAGAUCCGAGCCAGCUACUGUGUCCAGAGAUUUUUGGAUGCCUGAUCAGAGCUGUCGUGUUUGUUAUGAGUGUGAUUCUCAGUUUACACUUAUUAACCGUAGGCAUCAUUGCCGUCUUUGUGGGAGAGUUUUCUGUGGGAAAUGUACAGCGAAUUCAGUACCUUUGCCGCCUACCAGCGGCGACUUGAGGACUCCACGUGAAGAGUGGGAGAGGAUUCGUGUUUGUAAUUAUUGUUAUCGGCAAUCGGAGCACGGUGAUGGUGGAAAGCAUGUAACGAAUGUUCAGGGAAUGAGUACUUCAUCUUCUGAGACGAGUCUUCUUAGCUCAAAGACUAGUACAACUGCCAAUAGUACUACUCUUGGCUCGAUGCCAGGAUUGGUUGGUCCUUAUCAAAGGGUUAAACGUGGUUCUGAUGUCAGUUUGCAUGGAGUAGCUUCUCAGGAGACAGGCACAACCAGGCAAGGCAAAGAAACUUCAGGGAGGGACAGUUUAAUGGCUACAGAUGUGGAAGAUUCAUCUCGCUUUGCUUUAAAUAGGAGUGAUGAUGAGUAUGACGAGUAUUGUGCAUACCAGACUGAUACUGAGACGAGUCAUUCUCCUCUAGCUAAUAAAUACUAUGGCCCAAUGGAAUAUGAGGAGAUGAGCAUAUGUGAUGGCCCCAGUAAGAACCUGAGUUUCGAAACCGCUGACCAGAAAAGUGUAAGCGGCUCUCCACUCAUUCCUCCGAGUCUUGAAUCUCUAAUUGGGGAGCAGUUCCAGGAAAAAGAUGAGAAUGAUGGUCGUGAAGCACCUUCUCCGCCAGAUGAUCAAUUGGCAGAACCGGUGGAUUUCGAGAACAAUGGACUUUUAUGGGUUCCACCUGAUCCAGAAAACGAAGAAGACGAGAGAGAAAGUCUUUUGUUUGACGAGGAAGAUAAUGAGGUAGAUGUCUCAGGUGCGUGGGGAUACUUACGACCUUCCACUAGCUUUGGAAGUGGAGAGUUCCGUAGCGAGGACCGAACAAGUGAAGAGCACAAGAAGACUAUGAAGAAUGUGGUUGAUGGACAUUUCAGAGCUUUGCUUGCACAACUGUUGCAAGUCGAUAACCUCCCUGUCAGCGAUGAAGAUGGCAAAGAGGGCUGGCUAGAGAUUAUCACCUCUCUUUCUUGGGAGGCGGCUAAUUUACUGAAGCCUGAUAUGAGCAAAAGUGGAGGAAUGGAUCCUGGUGGCUAUGUCAAAGUAAAGUGCUUAGCUUCCGGGUUCCGACAUGAUAGCAUGGUGGUUAAGGGAGUUGUUUGCAAGAAAAAUGUGGCUCAUAGGAGAAUGAAAGCGAAGAUUGAGAAAGCUCGACUAUUGAUUCUAGGCGGUGCACUUGAGUAUCAAAGGGUCUCAAACCAGUUCUCGAGUUUUGAUACUUUGCUGCAACAGGAAAAAGAGCAUCUAAAGAUGGCUGUUGCAAAGAUUCACGCUGAACGUCCAAAUAUUCUACUAGUCGAAAAAUCAGUGUCUCGAUUCGCGCAAGAGUAUCUUCUAGCCAAAGACAUAUCUCUUGUUCUAAACAUUAAGAGGCCACUUUUAGAACGCAUUGCUCGCUGCACUGGUGCUCAGAUAAUUCCUUCAGUAGACCACCUCUCCUCUCAAAAGCUGGGCUACUGUGAGAAUUUUCGGGUGGAUAGGUUUCUUGAAGAACAUGGUCAAGUUGGAAAGAAAGCAGUGACGACGUUUAUGUAUUUUGAGGGUUGUCCAAGGCCAUUAGGCUUUACAAUUUUGCUUAGGGGUGCUAAUGAAGACGAGUUGAAAAAAGUGAAGCAUGUGGUAAGAUAUGGAGUGUUUGCAGCUUAUCAUUUGGCACUCGAGACAUCGUUUCUUGCUGACGAAGGAGCCUCACCAGAACUCCCCUUGAACUCCCCGAUUACCGUAGCUCUUCCAGAUAAAUCUGCAAGCAUUGAACGUUCCAUAUCUACUGUGCCAGGUUUCACGGUCUCCAAAUCUCCAACAAUGCUACCUGGUUUUGAACCACAACGAGCAAACAGUGUCCCAGCAUCAGAAUUGCUUUCGACCACUGAGAAUCUAUCCAUCCAGAAGGACAUAAAUCCUCUGAUCUCCAAUGGUUCAGGCUGGCAGGCUAAAGAAUCAAAUCCAGGUUACAUAUUUUCACGCUGUAAUGUUUCAUUGAAUUUGCCUGACCGUGUGAUAGAGGGAAGAAACUCAAGUUUGUCUGAAAGACAUGCACUGGCAGACACACCAGCAGACAAAAGCAAUCCAUCUGUUGAGGAGGCAGCAGACAUAUGGGACAAAUCAUCAGGGCAAGGCUUUGUGCAAAAGAGUUCUCCAAAUAGUAGGAGUGGUAUAGUAGAACACCAGGACAAUGGUUCAGACCCUACAACCGUCCAACAGCAAAACGGUGAGGAUUCAAAGGAACCACAAUCUCAAAAAGAGGAAUUCCCUCCGUCACCCUCUGACCACCAGAGCAUUUUGGUUUCUCUAUCGUCCCGAUCAGUGUGGAAAGGAACUGUGUGUGAUGUUAUGGACUACUCGUUACUAGUAGGUGUGGAUGAAGAAAAGAACGAGCUAGUACUGGGGAUCAUCGACUUCUUAAGGCAGUAUACAUGGGACAAACAUCUAGAGUCUUGGGUGAAGUUGACAGGAAUCUUAGGAGGACCCAAGAAUGAAGCACCAACAGUAAUCUCCCCAAAGCAAUACAAGAGAAGAUUCAGAAAAGCUAUGACUACUUACUUCCUCAUGGUUCCUGAUCAGUGGUCUCCCCCUGAUGUCAUUACUAAUAACUCCAGGUCCGAUCAACCAGAAGAAUCUCAACCCGGUACACAAACAGAGUGA